AUAAACCAUCUCAUCUCAUCCCUUCCUCACUCCUUCAAUUCAACUCACAAUCAAAAUGACUCCCUCACUACAAGACGCAAAGAUCACCUUUCUAGGUGGUGGCAACAUGGCCGCCGCCAUCAUCGGCGGCCUCCUCGCCAAAAACAUCUCCAAAUCCAACAUCUACGUCUCCGAGCCCUGGGACGUGAACCGCAACAAGAUGGCCGACCUAGGCGUCAAAACCACCGCCGACAACAAAGAAGCCGCCGCCGAUGCAGAUGUUGUCAUCCUCGCUGUGAAGCCGCAGGUCGCAAAGGGUGUUUGCGAGGAGCUCAGCUCUGCUUGGGCCAAGAGGGAUAGCCUCCCUGUUGUUAUUUCCAUCGCGGCGGGUAUUACGCUGGAGAGCAUUGCGCAGUGGUUCAAGGGUGAUGCGGGCAAGGCGCCGCAUAUUGUGCGUGUUAUGCCGAAUACGCCUGCGCUUGUGGGCGAGGGUGCGAGUGGGCUUUAUGCGGCGGAUGAUGUUACCAAGGAGGAGAGGGAGUUGACGUCUGCACUUUUGGGGAGUGUGAGCAAGGCUACUGAGUGGGUUGAUAAGGAGGAGCUUCUUGACGUCGUCACUGGUAUCUCCGGCUCUGGCCCUGCUUAUUUCUUCGCUUUCGUCGAGCAUCUCAUCUCCAGCGGUGUCGGUCUCGGUCUCUCUGAGGAGCAGGCUACUCGCCUCGCUACACAGACCUGCCUUGGUGCCGGAAAGAUGCUCGUUGAGUCCUCCGAUGAGCCCUCUCAGCUGCGAAAGAACGUCACCAGCCCUAACGGUACUACCCACGCUGCUCUUGUCAGCUUUGAGAGCUCUGGUCUGAAGGAGAUUGUGGAUAAGGCUGUCAAGGCUGCUGCCGACCGCGCCAAGGAGCUUGGAAAGAACUAAAUAGCUGCGUUGAUCAUGGAAAUGACACACAAUUCAUAGAGAAAUAAAAGCAAAACUGUUAACAAAG